CCCGCGCUCGGCAGCUCCCCGCUCCCCCGCGCUCCGCUGCAGCGCGGCGGCGCGAUGGCCGCGCGGGUGGGCCUCCUGCUGCGCGCCCUGCCGCUGCUGCUGUGGGGCGGCCUGGGCGCCCAGGUCGCGGAGCGCCCGGGCCAGGAGCUGCGCAGGGAGGCAGAGGCAUUCCUGGAGAGGUAUGGCUACCUCAGUGAACAGGUCUCCAAAUCUGCCCCCUCCUCGCGAUUCAGCAACGCCAUCAGGGAGUUCCAGUGGGUGUCCCAGCUGCCUGUCAGCGGCGUGCUGGACCCGGCCACCCUGCGCCAGAUGGCACGGCCCCGCUGCGGGGUUGCAGAUACUGACAGUCAGGCAACCUGGACCGAGAAGGUCAGUGCCCUGUUUGCUGGACGCCGGGCCAAGAUGCGCAGGAAACGCUUUGCAAAGCAAGGCAACAAGUGGUACAAGCAGCACCUCUCCUACCGCCUGGUGAACUGGCCCCAGCACCUGCCGGAACCAGCAGUCCGGGGGGCGGUGCGCGCCGCCUUCCAGGUGUGGAGCAACGUCUCAGCGCUGGAGUUCUGGGAGGCCCCAGCCACAGGCCCUGCCGACAUCCGCCUCACGUUCUUCCAGGGGGACCAUAACGACGGGCUGAGCAACGCUUUUGAUGGCCCAGGGGGCGCCCUGGCGCACGCCUUUCUGCCCCGUCGGGGCGAAGCUCACUUCGACCAAGACGAGCACUGGUCCCUGACCCGCCGCCGCGGGCGCAACCUGUUCGUGGUGCUGGCGCACGAAAUCGGCCACACGCUCGGCCUGACCCACUCGCCCGCGCCGCGCGCGCUCAUGGCACCCUACUACAAGAGGCUGGGCCGCGACGCGCUGCUCAGCUGGGACGACGUGCUGGCGGUGCAGAGCCUGUACGGGAAGCCCCAGGGGGGCUCUGUCACGGUCCAGCUCCCAGGGAAGCUGUUCACUGACUUUGAGGCCUGGGACCCCCACAGACCCCAGGGAAGGCGCCCUGGAACCCAGGUUCCUAAAUAUUGCCACUCUUCCUUCGAUGCCAUUACUGUAGACGGGCAACAGCGACUGUACAUUUUUCAAGGGAGCCACUUCUGGGAGGUGGCAGCUGAUGGCAAUGCCUCAGAGCCCCGCCCACUGCAGGAAAGGUGGGCUGGGCUGCCCCCCAACAUUGAGGCUGCUGCAGUGUCGUUGGAGAACGGAGACUUCUACUUCUUCAAAGGGAGUCGAUGCUGGAGGUUUCAGGGCUCCAAGCCAGUGUGGGGCUCUCCACAGCCGUGCCGGGCAGGGGGCCUGCCACGGCACCCCGAUGCCGCCCUCUUCUUUCCUGCUCUGCGCCGUCUUGUCCUCUUCAAGGGCGCCCGCUACUAUGUGCUGGCCCGAGACGGUCUGCAGGUGGAGCCCUACUACCCCCGAGGCCUGCAGGACUGGGGUGGUGUCCCCGAAGAGGUCAGCGGUGCCCUGCCCCAGCCGGACGGCUCCGUCAUCUUCUUCAGAGACGACCGCUACUGGCACCUGGACCAGAACAAACUACGGGUGACCUCCUCAGGCCGCUGGGCGGCAGAGCUGCCCUGGAUGGGCUGCUGGCACGUCAACUCCGGUGGCGCCCUGUUCUGAAGUCACGCCCACCUCUCAGUGAACUGCUGGUGCUCUCACGGCCAACGUGUGUGCCCUGCUCAAGGGGCAGAGCCUGCUUUGGAAGCCUCUGAGCCUCCCUGCAGAAGACCCAGCAGAGGAGUUUGCGUUUGUUCCCAGGAGAAUGUGCCAUUGUGCUGUCCCCACCACAUGGAGAUGGCACUGGGAUCAAUCCAAGGAGAAGCCAAAAAGGGUCGAAGACUCCACAGCCUUUUCCCCAAGGACUCUUUCCUCCCCAGGCCUUGGGGAUUUUAUUUUAUUUUUUUCUGCUAGGGAUGCAGCUCCUGUCUAUGAGGCAGCAGCACUGGGCAACGAGGGAGGAUGCAAAUCUCAACAGAAAGGUUGGGGCCACCUUGCGAGACUGUCAUCUUCCCUUCAGGGCCUUCUGACUCAAUUUUUGGACAACUGUAUUAUGUUUAUUCAGAGGCCCCGCCCCCCAGGAAGCCUGGAUGGGUUGGGCACGAGGGUUUCCAACCUCCGAGGCCCUGAGGGAUGAGGACCCCGAGCAAGAGGGAGGCCGCUGCAGUCCUGCCGGCCCUGCUGUUU